GUCUGCUUUGCUGUGUAGUAAUUUUUUCACUUUUAAUGAUUCUUUCUUUAGAAAAAUCUAAUUUUGUCAUACCAUUUAGCUUGGACUAUAUUCACAAGUGUUAAGUGUUUUAUGAUUGAUUGUAAGCUUUUUAUUAACUUACAAACCUACAUUUCUUACAUUAAGCCUAGUUGGAGAAACUCUGGUGUAAUGUAAUUUUUAAUGUUUUUUUUACAAUGUAUAUGUAUAUCAUUGUGGUAUGUUUAAUGCUAAAUUUAAAACAAGUUUGAUAUAAUCUGUAAUCAGUAACAGACUGAAAUUUGUUAGUAAUCUACACCAUCCAGCACUGCCUAUCAUUGGAUGGUGGCUGGUCAUGUGACUUGUAGUAAUCAGGAUGCCUUUUAAGGCUUUUGUUCUUCUUCUCUGUUACUUGUAUUCUUUGAGUUUUUGUCUGAGACUGACAUCUAGUAGAUAUUUCAUGCUUUACAGACUCACAGACACGCCUGUUUUACACGUGACACAAACACAGAACCAGGAAACAGGAAUCACAUGAUUUCAAGAAAAUAGAAACUGAAGUGCAGCUGAGCUGUUGUGUGUUUGUGUCUCUGUAUUUAAGCAGUAAAAUGGCAGAAGCCAGAUUUUCUCAGGAUGAGCUUUCGUGUCCAGUGUGUCUGGAUCUCCUGAAGGAUCCAGUGACCAUCCAGUGUGGACACAGUUACUGUAAGAGCUGUAUUACAGACUGCUGGGAUGAAGAGGAUCAGAUAAGAGUCUACAGCUGUCCUCAGUGCAGACAGACCUUCAGUCCAAGACCUGCUUUAGCUAGAAACACCAUGCUGUCUGAACUGGUGGAGAAACUGAAGAAGACCAGACUCUCGUCUGACUGUUACGCUGGAGCUGGAGAUGUGCAGUGUGACGUCUGUACUGGAGGAAAAUGCAAAGCCGUCAAGUCCUGUCUGAUGUGUCUGAACUCUUACUGUCUGAAUCACCUCCAGCAACAUGAGAGUCUGUUUAAAGGAAAGAGACAUAAUUUGAUUGAUGCCACUGGACGACUGCAGGAGAUGAUCUGCCAGAAACAUGAGAAGCUUCUUGAGGUUUUCUGUCGCACUGACCAGAAAUGUAUUUGUGUGCUGUGUACGAUGGAUGAACACAAAAACCACGACACUGUAUCAGCUGCAACACAGAGGACAGAGAAACAGAAGCAGCUGAUGGAGACACAGAAGACGCUCCAGCAGAGAAUCCAGCAGGAAGAGAAAGAUCUCCAGCAGCUGAGAGAGACUGUGGAGUCUCAUAAUCGCUCUGCACAGACAGCAGUGGAGGACAGUGAGAGGAUCUUUACUGAGCUCAUCCGCUCCAUUGAGAGAAGCCGCUCUGAGCUGAUACGACUGAUCAGAGAUCAGGAAAAGACUGCAGUGAGUCGAGCUGAAGAACGACUGGAGCGACUGGAGAAGGAGAUCAAUGAUCUGAGGAGGAGAGACGCUGAGCUGGAGAAGCUUUCACACACACAGGAUCACAUCCAGUUCCUGCAGAGUUUCCAGUCUCUCUCAUCACGUCCUGAAUCUACAGACAUAAGUGAUGAUCUCUUCAGUUAUCUCUUCUCUUUUAAUGACCUGAGAGAAUCUGUCCAUCAGCUGAGAGACAAACUGGAGGAUUCCUGCAAAGAGGAGCUCAUGAAGAUCUCAGACAGAGUCGCAUUCACCAACAUUGAUCUCUGGACCAGGAACGACUUCCUGAAAUAUUCCCAUCAGCUCACUCUGGAUCUGAACACAGUGAAUAAACACCUCCAUCUGUCUUCGAGGAGGAUAACAAUUACAAAUACUGACACAGUCCAGAUGUAUCCUAAACAUCCGGACAGAUUUGAUGCAUGUCGUCAGGUGUUGUGUAUAGAGAGUGUGUGUGGACGCUGUUACUGGGAGCUGCGGUGGAGUGGAGAUGAGCAUGGUGUGCGAAUAUCAGUGUCAUAUAAGAGCAUCAGCAGGAAGGGAAGAGGUGUUGAGUGUUUGUUUGGAUCUAAUGAUCAGUCCUGGUGUUUGUUCUGCUCUCCUUACAGAUAUUCAUUCAUUCACAAUAACAAACAGACUGAUCUCCCUGUAAAGCCCAUCAGCAGGAGAAUAGGAGUGUUUGUGGAUCACAGAGCAGGAAUUCUGUCCUUCUACAGCGUCUCUGACACAAUGAACCUCAUCCACACCGUCCAGACCACAUUCACUCAGCCGCUCUAUCCUGGGUUUCAUGUUGGUUCUGGAUCCUCAGUGAUAUUGUGUCGAUAAAUCAGAAUGGACUGACGAGGGUUUCUAAUGUAAUAAAUAAAAGUCUUUACUGCUACUUUUAUUACUCAAAAAUAUCAGAUUACUCAGAAAUAAUCAGUAUUACAUGAUUACCGAGAUUAUCAUAAGCCAUGGCUCUAUAUUAGCUAAAUGUUUUUAAAAUACAGCUACAUUGUUUUGCUUUUUGCAAUUAAAAGACAAGUAUUUUGUCAUUGAACAUUUCUUAAAAAUAGUAUUAAAAUACUGUCUUGUUCUAGUAAACCAAGUAUCAGUAUUUUGUCUCAUCUCGUGAGCUAAGUGUAUUAAGAGUAUAAGUGUCUUCGAGCGC